AUGGUUUUAGAGGAUUGGAAAUUGUUAAGCAGACUAAAAAGAGCUGUUAAGAAAGUAAGAUAUGUAUUAAAUUUCAAUAUUAUUAGUAAAUGGAGAUUAGCAUCAAUGGUUGGUUCAUCAUCAAGCCAGAGAAGAUUAAGUUUUAAUAAUAAUAAUAAUCAAUCUGGUUUACUAAGUUUUAUUGAAGAUCGUCGUCAUCAUCAACAUGGUAUUGAUCAGAUGGGAUUAAAUUCUCCUUCACUGAGAAGAGAAAUUUCAAGAACGACAAGUAUUUUAUCUACUGAUGAUCAAGAUAUUGAUGACAAAGCUGAAAUGUUUAUUAAUAAUUUUUAUAAGCAACUUCAAAUGGAAAGACAAGUUUCAUUAGAGCUUCGAUACUGUAGAGAAAAUAGUUUGGAGAGUAAUCUUUCUGAUUAA